UCUCUGCCGUCUCUCCAAUCUGAACGGAUCUACUGUCGCUCAGCUGGUGCUGCGACCACACAGCCAGAGGCUCUCCACUCGUCGCUUCGGUACUUCUGCUGUGGAACUUUAUCUCCUGUGUGUGUGUGUGUGUGUGUGUGUGCGCGGUGCGUUUGCGCGUGGCACCUCGCGAGGGUUUUUUGGGAAACUUGCUGCCGAGAGAUGGACUGAAGCAAACAAAACCCGGCAAAGUGUGGAUACUCAGAACGAGGAGAGUAUUUGUGUUGAGAGCAGCCUCUCUGCGGGUUGAAUUAGCACCAUGGACGAGGGCGACGGGCAUCACGAGAACGGCGUUCACGCCACCAAGGACUCGGACCGACAGCAGCGGCUCAGGCUUUGUGUUUUAAACGAAAUACUGAACACCGAGAGGGAUUAUGUGCGGACGCUGCUUUUCCUUCAGUCGGCAUUUUUACACAGAAUCCGACAAACUGCAGAUGACCAACAGUGCCUCUCACCAGAACAUGUCAAGAUUCUGUUUUCAAAUAUUGAGGACAUCCUGGAGUUGCACAAAGAGGUGCUGUCUGCAGUGGAGGCCGUUCUGCAGCCCGAUCCCCAUCCCCAGCGUGCACUGGGACACGUGUUCCUGCAGUUUAAGAAGAGUUUCUCGGUGUACGGCGAGUACUGCAGUAACCACGAGAAGGCUCUGCGACUCCUCGUGGAGCUAAACAAAGUCCCCAACAUCAGGACCUUCCUGCUGCACUGCAUGCUACUCGGAGGGAAGAAAAGCACAGAUGUUCCCCUGGAGGGCUACCUUCUCUCCCCCAUUCAGAGGAUCUGCAAGUACCCUCUGCUGCUGAAGGAGCUGCUGAAGCGGACCCCGAAGAAGCACGCCGACUACCCGGCAGUGGAAGAGGCUCUGCAGGCCAUGAAGGCCGUCUGCUCCAACAUCAACGAGACCAAGAGGCAGAUGGAGAAACUGGAGGCUCUGGAGCAGCUGCAGUCGCACAUCGAGGGCUGGGAGGGAACCAACCUGACAGAUAUCUGCACGGAGUUGCUGCUUCAUGGAAAUCUUCUGAAAAUCUCUGCGGGCAAUAUCCAGGAGCGUGUCUUCUUCCUGUUCGACAACCUUUUGGUUUACUGUAAGAGGAAGUCCAGGGUUUCUGGAAAGAAGUCCACCAAGAGGACCAAGUCCAUCAACGGGCCCCUCUAUGUGUUCAGAGGCCGAAUCAACACCGAGGUGAUGGAGGUGGAAAAUGUGGAGGAUGGAACAGCGGACUACCACAGCAACAACUACACGGUGACGAACGGCUGGAAGAUCCACAACACGGCUAAAAACAAGUGGUUUGUCUGCAUGGCCAAACAUGCAGAGGACAAGCAGAAGUGGCUGGACGCCAUCUUGAGGGAACGGGAGCAGAGAGAAUCUCUCAAACUCGGGAUGGAGCGGGAUGCCUAUGUGAUGAUUGCAGAGAAGGGGGAGAAGCUCUACCACAUGAUGAUGACCAAGAGUCGGCACCUGAUCAAGGAUCGACGCAGGAAGCUCAGCAUUGUGCCCAAGUGCUUCAUGGGAAAUGAGUUUGUGUCAUGGCUGAUCGAGAACGGAGAAAUCAGUAAGCCUGACGAAGGGGUCAACCUGGGACAAGCCUUGCUGGAAAAUGGCAUCAUUCACCACGUGUCCGACAAGCACCAGUUCAAGAACGAGCAGGUGUUGUACCGAUUCCGCUACGACGAUGGCACCUACAAGGCCCGCAGUGAGAUGGAGGACAUCAUGUCUAAGGGCGUCAGGCUGUACUGCCGCCUUCACAGCCUCCACACGCCUGUCAUCAAGGACAGAGACCACCAUCUGAAAACCUUCAAAUCUGUGGUGCCUGCCAGCAAACUGGUCGACUGGCUACUCUCACAGGGAGACUGUUCCACCCGAGAGGACGCGGUGACGCUGGGCGUCGGGCUCUGCAACAAUAGCUUCAUGCACCACGUCUUGGAGAAGAGCGAGUUCAAAGACGAGUCCCAGUUCUUCCGUUUCUAUGCGGACGAGGAGAUGGAGGGAACCAGCACCAAGAGCAAGCAGCUUCAGCGCAAUGACUUCAAACUCAUCGAAAACAUCUUGGCCAAGUCCCUGGUGAUUCACCCCGAGGAAGAAGACUACGGCUUUGAGAUCGAGGAGAAAAACAAGGCCAUUGUGGUGAAAUCUGUCACCAGGGGCUCACAUGCUGAGAUGGCUGGCCUGCAGGUGGGCAGGAAGAUCUUCACCAUCAACGAGGACCUGCUGUUCCUCAGGCCCAUCUCCGAGGUGGAGACCAUGAUCAGCCAGGCUUUCUACAUACGACGCUCCCUGCGGCUGCUGGUCGCCACCAAGGCCAAGGAGAUUGUGAAGAUCCCUGACAACCCAGACAGCCUGUCCUUCAGACUCUGUGGCUCUGCCCCUCCUCAUGUCCACGCUGUCAGGAAAGGCUGGGAGGCAGCGGGGUCGGGUCUUCAGCCCGGCCAGGUAGUCCUGAAGGUCAACGGAAACAACGUCAACCACAGCGACUACCAAGAGGCCCUGGAGCACUUCGCCGCGCAGCACACACACCAGGAGCCUCCCCAAGCGUGUCAGUGGGUGUAUCGUGCAUUCGAGGAUGUGGAGGAGCUGCAAAGAGAAAGGGGUGCAGGCGAGAAGGUGGAGAGUCCUUUCAGUCCUUAUCCAGCGGAGAACGGUUCGGACCGCGAGGAGGAGAACGGCACCAACGGAGCAGACCACCGGCUGGCCAGACUCACCCUCUCCGACGAGCUGCCGCUGGUCAGCAUGACGGUAGAUAACGUCCACCUGGAGCACGGCGUCGUCUAUGAAUACGUCAGCCCUGCCGGCAUCAAGAGCCACGUCCUGGAGAAGAUGGUGCAGCCCAAGGGCUGCUUCAGCCUCACUGCCAAGAUCCUGGAGGCAUUCUCUGGCGAUGACAGCCUCUUUGUUCGUAACUGCAGCCAGCUCAUCUCCCAGAGUGACCGAGUCGUUACCAUGCCUCAGUACGAGUUCAGGCAAAUCUGUGACACCAAGCUGGAGAGUAUCCGGCGGCGGAUCAGCAGCUAUAAGCAGUUCGCCCUGGAGCUGAGGAACAAGGCGUGGCCCUCCUUCAGGCAGGCUGGUGUGCGCCCUCACCCGCUGGGCUGCAUGGACUUUGUUCCCACCAACUGCCACGUCAACUUCAUGCAGGUCUCCUACCCCAAGAGCACUACCUCGGCUGGCAGGGCUUUCAGCAUCCGCUUUGGGCGCAAGAACUCCCUGUUUGGCCUGGAUCCUGACCAAGCACAACUGAACCCCAUGUCCCAUACCCAGCACUGUGUGACCAGCAUGGGCGCUCCCUCCUGGAGCUGCUCUGGCCUGGACGGGGACGAGGCGGACGGCAGCGGGGAGAUGAGCUCGGAUGGAGGCAACGGGUCGAUGGACAAUCGGCGGAGCGGCAUCCACGGGGAAGGCGGGUUGAGCUUCCUGCUCACACAGGAAGACACGGAGACCCAGGACGCCUACAUUCACUUGUACAGCCGCCUGGACGUCGCUGUAAGGGAGAUGAGGCAGUAUGUCGCUCAGAUAGAUGUCCUCUUGUCGUCUAUCACCGAGCCCACGCAACUCCAGGGGGAGGGUGGGGAGCCUCCGGCCUACGAGACCAUCCAGCCACCCUCUCUGGCCCCCUGCGAGGACAGCUGCGACCAGGACAAAGUGGAGCAAGGCGGCAUUAAAAGGGUCUGCUUCAAGGUGAACGAGGAGGACCAGGAGGACUCGGGCCACGACACGAUGAGCUACAGGGACUCCUACAGCGAAUGCAACAGCAACAGAGACUCGGUCCUGUCCUACACCAGUGUGCGCAGUAACAGCUCGUACCUGGGGAGCGACGAGAUGGGAUCAGGGGAUGAGCUGCCGUGUGACAUGAGGAUUCCCUCGGACAAGCAGGACAAGCUGCACGGCUGCCUCGAGCACCUUUUCAACCAGGUCGACUCCAUCAACAGCCUACUCAAAGGAGCAGUCAUGACCAAGGCCUGUGAGGAGACCAAGCACUUUUACUCUGACCACAGCCAACCAGAGUUCCGACAAACGGAAGAUUGGACGGUUCGCUGUCGCUACAUCAUCCACAAGAACAUCCAGGAGGACCCUUGGAACCUGCCCAACUCUAUCAAAACCCUGGUGGAGAGCCUGCAGCGAUUCGUGGACGAUGGAAAGAACCAGCUUCUCCUGGCUCUGCUGAAGUGCACAGACACGUCUCUGCAGCUACGACGGGAUGUGAUCUUCUGCCAGGCGGCGACGGGCGCCCUGUGCACGCUGGCGGAGCAGCUGUUGGCGGCGCUGCGGUCGCGGUUCAACAACGCCGGCGAGUACCAGGAGGACGGCAAGGAGACCAGCCGCAAGUGGCUGGAGCAAAUAUCCGUCAUCGGCGUGCUGCUGCACUUCCAGUCCACGCUGGCGCCACACCUGAAAGAGGAGCGGACCAUGCUGGAGGACACCAAGGCAGCCCUGUUGGACUUGGACAAAGUCACUGUGUUCUUCAGGCAACUGGAGGAUGAGUGUCUAGUCGCAAACACACCGGUGUGUUACCAGGUGGAGGGCAGCCGGCAGGCCCUGAGGGUCACUCUGUACCUGGACAGCUGUCACUUCAGCGAGCUGCCCACCCGGCUGCAAAACGGAGGCAGCCUCAAGCUGCAGACCGUCCUCUUCACCAGGGCACUGGAGCGUCCAGAGGGAGUGUCCCAGCAGGACUACGCAGCCAUGGAGGAGUUUCAGCAGCGCACCAACGCUGUCUCACUGGAGAAGGUCAAGGCCUACUACCGCAGGCUCAGGGCUUUCUAUUUGGAGAAGUCCAAUCUCCCGACGGACUCGAACACCACAGCGAUGAAGAUAGACCAGAUACUGGGCCUUGAAGUUAGAGACCUGCAACCAAGCAUUUCAAAACUGCUGCGACCCCUCAACACACUGGACGAUCUCUGUCGACUGAUGCAGUCCUACGUCAACGUGCGCACGAGCGCCCAAGGCCACCCGUCGGGUGUCAGCGUGCUGUGCGUGUCCUCCGAGCUGUGUAACCGCCUGGGAGCGUGCCACAUCACCAUGUGCGGCACAGGCAUGCAGAGAUGUACCCUGAAUGUGACCCUGGAGCAGGCGAUGAUCUUGGCCAGGAACCACGGCCUCAUGCCGCGCUGCAUCAUGCCGACCAUGGAUAUCAUGCGCAAACAGGGAGCAAGAGUUGAGCUCUCUGCUAAAAAUCUCAAGGUAAUGGACCAGAUGCCUCCAUCAUUCCCAAGGCUCUUCAAGCUGUGUUUGCCGCCUUCAGAUGGAGAUUUCUAAGAAAACCAUCACUUCAGAGAAGACAUCAGAGAGAGAGAGAGAGAGAGAGAGAGAGAGAGAGAGAGAGGGUGAAUGUGAAAUAGGAAGAUAUGAUGAGAGGUGGCAAUAACAGAGGUCUCACCGCUUUCUUUUCCAAGAGACGCUCCCAAUGGAAAGACCCCCCCCCCUCACAACUGCCCCAGUUACACAGGGAUCAUUCCACCAUGGAUACUACUAGAGUCCUCAGUGCAAAGUACAGGUUAAACAAGACUGUACCGAUGACUAAUGACAGCUACUAGGGAGCACCUAGAUUGAGACUGAUGCAGCCUGAAGCUCCAGACUAGUCAUGUACUGUUAUACUGGGAAUCCACCCAGAUAGAAGUAGCAUUGCUUUGUCUGUCUGUCUGUCUGUCUGUCUGUCUGUCUGUCUGUCUGUCUGUCUGUCUGUCUGUCUGUCUGUCUACCUACACAAGGCUGACAACUGGUGCAAAAUGUUCACAACACCAGUGAAAGGGAGAGGCCAGCUUGAGGCCUCAUACAGAAGACACCAACAGUGAUUACGCUCCUGACCGAGCUGGAUUAACUGGAUUAACCAAACUACCUAUAGCUGGCUGUCAUACUAAAUGCAGAUGCUAUCCGUUUUGCCUUGGACUGCAACUCCAGAGAGCUGCCUCUCUAUUUUGGGCUGGUGUUCCCCAGGGCUCAGUGUUUGGACCCCGAGUGAAGUCGAAUACUUGAAUCCCCUUGUAUUCAUGUCUGUAGCUGGCUGAGUAGAUGCAGGAAGACUAGACAGAGGGAUGGAAGUAGGGAUCGAGGGACAGAUGAAAAGAGGGAUGAUAAAGGGGGGGGGGGGGGGUCUUUCUUCAGCCCUUUGCAUGUGGUUACUGUGCAAUUACUGUAGGUUUAGUGUGAGUACUGUAUUACUGCACUAUAUGAAGGAUAGUUAUUUAUUGUGUCCAGAAGGAGCAUUUUUACCCCUUACUUCUAUAUAUCAGGUAUUAAAUAAUCUAAAAGCAUUCCAGCCUACAUAUUGAACAGUAUUUAAAGGACCAAUGGCAUGCCAUUCUUUUCUUUUUUUAGACCUAACUGCUCGUGUAUUUUAUUUAUAUGUAUGGACAUCAGGAAGUGUUACUUGGAUCUUCAAGGAGAGCAAGGGAGGGAAGAUGAACAGAAGCUAGCUAAUCAGAAUCAGGACAAAGGAAGCUAAAACAAACCAUACCGGGCUGCUUUAAGCAGCCAAGUCGAGAGGUUUUUAAAUUAAUAUAUUAAUUCCAAUGUACUAGUUGAAGGAUUGCCUUCUGUUAACUAAGACAUUAUUUAGAGUUUUUUUAAUUGUUUUUUACGUUGUCUUGGAACUGUUGUAUUCACUGUGGGUAUUAAAACAAGCACAAGAAUUGGUCCACUCAAGUUGCAGUGUUAGCAAAAACGUACUGUAAGCAGUUCUUUCAUGACGCAAACAAAGGGAUCGUUUCAGGACUGAAACACAGUAACAUCAUUUUACUGAAGAUUUUAAUUUCUUGUACAUACAAACUGUAACGAUGUCAGAGGAUGAAAAGAGAUAGGAUAUGUCCGAGUGAUGCUAUAACUUAAAUUGGAUUAUUUUUAUGAAGAUAGUAUAUAAAACAUUUUGUAUCCAUGCCUGUGCAUUGGAGGAGAAGCAUAACCUCACUGACAACUUUUUUUCUUUUUUGUCUUACUGUUAAAAAGAUUCGAGGAGCAUUUCAUGAAUCUGUCUCGACAUGCUGCACUCAUUAGGCAGAUUACUUCGUCCUUUUUAAUUUAUUUAAAAGCGGUCUGCCUCCAAAUGUGCAUGUUGGAAUAGUCUCUCCACAUCCGUCGGCACUAGCAUGGCCGCUGUAAAUCUACAUCCCCCUUCUGGCACAUAGGACUCAGCGGGUAUUUGCAUCAUCAUCUCCCUUAUUAUUAAAUUCACUCUUAAUCUGAGCAGUGUGCAUUGUACAAACUCUGAAAUGCAGCAUUAGUCACCGUAACCUGGUUUUAUUAAGCACCCGUCACCAGUAAAAAUGAUCUAAUGACUGCAGCAUGUUGGUGUAGCCGGACAAACAAAUAUGUCACUGAUUACACAUUUAUUUACAUUAUUCUAAUGUUUUUUUGUUUUUUUUUUGUAUAUACCUUAUUUGCAAUUUUAUGUUGCUUGAAAAUAACUGUACAAAGGAUCUCUGUUGAAUCUUUCUAAGAUUAUCAUUGUAAAUGCAAUCUUAACAAGCUAGUAAAUAAAAUGUUCACAGUG